UUAGCUUUUCAGUUUCAAUAUUUUUAAAGAAAUGUCAAAUUGACAGCCAUUAAAUCACUUUCCGAUAUAAAAACAAUUUUUUAAACAAAAGAAUCAGUAGCUUAGUUCACUAUCAACCCAUAAGGAUCUAAAUGAAUUUUAAUAAAAUGUUUUGGAAGAUUUUCAUUUGCCUUGUUCUCUUCUUUCAAAUGAUUUAUUUAUCAUCUGCUGUUCCAGGAAUUUGCUGUGGAAUCGUUUCAUGUUGGUGCCAUUAUAAUGAUUUUACUGAAGAAACAUUGAAUGACUUUCACGACGAUGGAAUUGAUUAUGUUCAGUUGGAUGCUUAAAUAAAGAAAUACAAUAAAGUUUAAACUCACUUAAAUCCACUGUAAUUAAUAAAAAG